CUCCUCCUCCUCUCUCCUCCUCUCUGCUCCUCUCUGCUCCUCUCCGCUCCUCUCUCCUCCUCCUCCUCCACCUCCUCCUCCUUCUCCCCCUCUCUCUCCCCCUCUUUCUCUCCUCUCUUUCUCCCCCGGCCCCCCCGCCCCCUCCCCCCCAGGCCUGAUGAGCAGGUCUCGCGCCUCCAUCCAUCGGGGGAGCAUCCCCGCGAUGUCCUAUGCCCCCUUCAGAGAUGUACGGGGACCCCCUAUGCACCGAACCCAAUACGUUCAUUCCCCAUAUGAUCGUCCUGGUUGGAACCCUCGGUUCUGCAUCAUCUCGGGGAACCAGCUUCUCAUGCUGGAUGAGGACGAGAUACACCCCCUUCUGAUCCGGGACCGGAGGAGCGAGUCCAGUCGCAACAAACUGCUGAGACGCACAGUCUCCGUGCCGGUGGAGGGGCGGCCCCACGGCGAGCAUGAAUACCACUUGGGUCGCUCGAGGAGGAAGAGCGUCCCAGGGGGGAAGCAGUACAGCAUGGAGGCCGCCCCCGCUGCACCCUUUCGGCCCUCGCAAGGCUUUCUGAGCCGGAGGCUAAAAAGCUCCAUCAAACGUACGAAGUCACAACCCAAACUUGACCGGACCAGCAGCUUUCGCCAGAUCCUGCCUCGCUUCCGAAGUGCUGACCAUGACCGGGCCCGGCUGAUGCAGAGCUUUAAGGAGUCGCACUCUCACGAGUCCUUGCUGAGUCCUAGCAGUGCGGCCGAGGCCUUGGAGCUCAACCUGGAUGAAGAUUCCAUUAUCAAGCCAGUGCACAGCUCCAUCCUGGGCCAGGAGUUCUGUUUUGAGGUAACAACAUCAUCAGGAACAAAAUGUUUUGCCUGUCGUUCUGCGGCCGAAAGGGACAAAUGGAUCGAGAAUCUACAGCGGGCGGUAAAACCCAACAAGGACAACAGCCGCCGGGUGGACAACGUGUUGAAGCUGUGGAUCAUAGAGGCGCGGGAACUGCCCCCCAAGAAGCGGUACUAUUGCGAGCUCUGCCUGGAUGAUAUGCUGUAUGCACGCACCACCUCCAAGCCCCGCUCGGCCUCGGGGGACACCGUCUUCUGGGGCGAGCACUUCGAAUUCAACAACCUGCCAGCCGUCCGGGCCCUGCGGCUGCACCUGUACCGUGACUCAGACAAAAAGCGCAAGAAGGACAAGGCGGGCUAUGUCGGCCUGGUGACUGUGCCUGUGGCCACCCUGGCUGGGCGCCACUUCACAGAGCAGUGGUACCCCGUGACCCUGCCGACAGGCAGUGGGGGCUCCGGGGGUAUGGGGGGCUCGGGAGGGGGAGGGGGCUCGGGUGGCUCAGGGGGCAAGGGCAAAGGAGGUUGCCCGGCUGUGCGGCUGAAAGCGCGUUACCAGACAAUGAGCAUCCUGCCCAUGGAGCUGUAUAAGGAGUUUGCAGAGUACGUCACCAACCAUUAUCGGAUGCUGUGUGCGGUGUUGGAGCCCGCCCUGAAUGUCAAGGGCAAGGAGGAGGUCGCCAGCGCGCUGGUUCACAUCCUGCAGAGUACGGGCAAGGCCAAGGACUUCCUUUCAGACAUGGCCAUGUCCGAGGUGGACCGGUUCAUGGAACGGGAGCACCUCAUAUUCCGCGAGAACACACUCGCCACUAAAGCCAUAGAAGAGUACAUGAGACUGAUUGGUCAGAAAUACCUCAAGGAUGCCAUCGGGGAAUUCAUCCGUGCUCUCUAUGAAUCUGAGGAGAACUGUGAGGUGGACCCCAUCAAGUGCACGGCGUCCAGUCUGGCAGAGCACCAGGCCAACCUGCGGAUGUGCUGUGAGUUGGCCCUGUGCAAGGUGGUCAACUCCCAUUGCGUGUUCCCGAGGGAGCUGAAGGAGGUGUUUGCAUCUUGGCGGCUGCGCUGCGCAGAGAGGGGCCGGGAGGACAUCGCAGACCGGCUGAUCAGCGCCUCGCUCUUCCUGCGCUUCCUCUGCCCGGCCAUCAUGUCACCCAGUCUCUUUGGGCUCAUGCAGGAGUACCCAGAUGAGCAGACCUCGCGAACCCUCACCCUCAUCGCCAAGGUCAUCCAGAACCUGGCCAACUUUUCCAAGUUUACCUCAAAGGAGGACUUUCUGGGCUUCAUGAACGAGUUUCUGGAGCUGGAGUGGGGUUCCAUGCAGCAGUUCCUGUACGAGAUCUCCAACCUGGACACACUGACCAAUAGCAGUAGCUUUGAGGGUUACAUCGACCUGGGCCGAGAGCUCUCCACGCUGCACGCCCUGCUCUGGGAGGUGCUGCCCCAGCUCAGCAAGGAAGCCCUCCUGAAGCUGGGCCCACUGCCCCGGCUCCUCAACGACAUCAGCACAGCUCUGAGGAACCCCAACAUCCAACGGCAGCCGAGCCGUCAGAGCGAGCGGCCCCGGCCUCAGCCUGUGGUGCUGCGGGGCCCUUCGGCCGAGAUGCAGGGCUACGUGAUGCGGGACCUCAACAGCUCCAUCGACCUUCAGUCCUUCAUGGCUCGAGGCCUCAACAGCUCUAUGGACAUGGCUCGCCUCCCCUCCCCAACCAAGGAAAAGCCCCCCCCACCGCCGCCUGGUGGGGGGAAAGACCUGUUCUAUGUCAGCCGCCCACCCCUGGCCCGGUCCUCACCCGCGUACUGCACGAGCAGCUCGGACAUCACAGAACCGGAGCAGAAGAUGCUGAGUGUCAACAAGAGCGUCUCCAUGCUGGACCUGCAGGGUGACGGGCCUGGUGGCCGCCUCAACAGCAGCAGUGUGUCCAACCUGGCAGCCGUCGGAGACCUGCUGCACUCGAGCCAGGCCUCCCUGACUGCGGCCUUGGGGCUGCGGCCCGCGCCUCCUGGCCGCCUCUCCCAGGGGAGUGGCUCAUCCAUCACGGCAGCCGGCAUGCGUCUCAGCCAGAUGGGCGUCACCACGGACGGUGUCCCUGCCCAGCAACUGCGCAUACCCCUCUCCUUCCAGAAUCCUCUCUUCCACAUGGCUGCUGAUGGGCCAGGCCCCCCAGGGGGCCAUGGAGGGGGCGGAGGCCACGGUCCUCCCUCCUCCCAUCACCACCAUCACCACCAUCACCACCACCGAGGUGGAGAGCCCCCAGGGGACACCUUCGCCCCAUUCCAUGGCUAUAGCAAGAGCGAGGACCUCUCCUCAGGGGUCCCCAAGCCCCCCGCUGCUUCCAUCCUCCACAGCCACAGCUACAGUGAUGAGUUUGGACCCUCUGGCACUGACUUCACCCGUCGGCAGCUCUCACUCCAGGACAACCUGCAGCACAUGCUGUCUCCUCCCCAGAUCACCAUUGGUCCCCAGAGGCCCGUUCCCCCAGGCCCUGGAGGUGGGAGCGGCGGUGGGGGCAGCGGUGGGGGUGGCGGGGGCCAGCCGCCUCCGUUGCAGAGGGGCAAGUCUCAGCAGUUGACAGUCAGCGCUGCCCAGAAACCCCGUCCGUCCAGCGGGAACCUGUUGCAGUCGCCGGAGCCAAGUUAUGGCCCUGCCCGUCCGCGGCAGCAGAGCCUCAGCAAAGAGGGCAGCAUUGGGGGCAGCGGGGGCAGCGGCGGCGGAGGGGGUGGGGGGCUCAAGCCCUCCAUCACCAAGCAGCAUUCUCAGACGCCAUCCACACUGAACCCCACGAUGCCGGCCUCCGAGCGGACGGUGGCCUGGGUCUCCAACAUGCCUCAUCUGUCAGCUGACAUCGAGAGCGCCCACAUCGAGCGGGAAGAGUACAAGCUCAAGGAAUACUCGAAGUCCAUGGACGAGAGCCGGCUGGAUAGGGUGAAGGAGUAUGAGGAGGAGAUCCACUCGCUGAAGGAGCGGCUGCACAUGUCCAACCGGAAGCUGGAAGAGUAUGAGCGGAGGCUGCUGUCCCAGGAAGAACAGACCAGCAAAAUCCUGAUGCAGUAUCAGGCCCGGCUGGAACAGAGCGAGAAGAGGCUAAGGCAGCAGCAGGCAGAGAAGGACUCACAGAUCAAGAGCAUCAUUGGCAGCCCGUCCCUUCAGGCUGAUGCUGGUGGAGGAGGAGCUGCGCCGGGAGCACCCCGCCAUGGCUGAGCCGCUGCCCGAACCCAAGAAGAGGCUGCUCGACGCUCAGCUCCUCAUCAGGUAAUUCUCCUGGUUCCGCUUUGACCACGGGCGGAGGACACAGGGGGAGGUGACUCCGGACCACUGCAGGUUGGUCGUGAAGCCCACUCCCCUCUGACUCUCCGGAGCCUCUCCCCCGCUCACUGCUGCCCCCCACGCCCGAGGACCUCUACAGGCCCGACCCUCCGGACACCUCCUGCACAGACCUGUCUCCCCAGGCGUUGUCCCAAGAGCACUUCCUGCCGCCUCCCAGAACUGUUCAGCGACACCUGACCAGUACAAAGCACCUUACCCUAGAUGGCCCGCACAUCCCCCAGAUCACACUCCCCUUCCUACACACCUCCCCGCGGCCUCCUCCUGACUCUCAGUCCUCCUCCUCUACCGCUCCAGUGUAUGUCUGUCACCCCCCAUUUCACCAAAGCGUCCUUGGGGGUUGGGAUGUUGGGGUCAGGGUUUGUUAAAGGGGUGGUGGUGAUGCUGGGUUGGGGGCCCCUGGCUAAAGGGGCUGUGCUGGCUGCAGCAGGUAGGCUGGGGUUUCCUCUUCCUUCUCCCACACCUUGGUUCUGUAGAGAGCCCUCCUUCCUCCCAGCCCUCACCUGUUUCUCUCUCUUUCUCCUUCCUUAUACCUGUGAGGUAGAAGGCAUCUGGGGUUCCUAUUCAGCCCCAUUGGGUGGGAAUUAAGAGUGGGUAAUUAAUUAAGGGAGACUUUGGGGUGCCGGGAAGGGAUGCUGUUCAGAUGUCGGGACAGUAAGGGUGAGUGGAGCAAGGAGGAGCGAGAAAGGAACCUUGACAGGUGUUAGCAUGUGGACUGGUGCGUGUGGCAUUGGGAGUUGGAAGUGGGGGGUGGUGUCCUCCUAAAUAAAAUCGUGGGCUCUGUAGCCAUGUUGAUUCCAGGCAGAGAUGCCAGAACCAGCAGAUUAAAUAACCUCUCGUCAGUGCUCACAGCCCUGGGCUGCUAAUGCCACUCACUCCCCCUCUCCCGCCACCCAGUGGCCUUGCUGGACACAGAAUCCUACCUGAAAAGCCAGUAAAUGGGAACCAGUCAGCCACUGACAUCACUUCUGAGAUGCUUUAUUUUCUGCGGGAUUGAUCUGCAGUGGGCAGUGUCUCCUCACACUGUAAUUUUAACUCUCUGCCUGCCCGGCCUCUCUGUCAAAGUAGUUGGUGAGGCACCAGGGGACCUCACCAUUUAAAGGACUCCUGUGGUGAAUUCUUUUGUAAAAUGAAUAAUGGCACCCUAAUUUAUCUCCUUUCUAAAUUUGGGUCCAUGGGGGUGUUGGGGGCAUGCCUGUGUGCCGUUGCCAGCAGACAAGCAGAGGGAAGGGAAUCUGAGGUUUCCUUCCCCUGCUCUCCUGCCACACUCAGGAUACCCUACCAGACAGGAUUUCCUCUCUCGCUGGCUGUGGAAAGUGUGGGAGAGGCAAGCUAAGAGGGUGGCUUUGCUUAAAUCUUGGGUUUGGGUGACCUUCUGAGAGAUGAGAAGAGGUGACCUGGGAGCCUCUGCUUGGAGUGUUUUUAUAUCUUUUAGAGAUUCUGUCAGACACAGCUAGGUUGCCAGUAUUCAAUGCCCUAUGGUCCAGGAAAUAAUUUGGACACUUUCUCUAAACCCCUUUCAGGUAUUGGUCCCUCUGCAACUCAGCCAUUAACAUAAAAAUUAAUUAUGUGCCUGUAUUUUUAAAAGCCUAAGCAAGCAACCCAAAGUGUAGAGCACAUGGCUUUCUUCUCCUCUCCCAGCAGAGGAACAGCAGCCAGAGCUGAGGGGAGGAGCCAGGAGUUGGUCCAGGAGGUGUAGGAAGGGGUAGAAUAGGACCAGGGGUGGGAGUAGGGUUUGGUACCCCUCACCCUCUAACUGGGAGCCCAGGGUGAGGGAAUGAAAGGAGAGUGGGGGUGGAAAGGAAUGAAGCCCUUCUGUUUCCUGGGGAUGCAGAGCUUGGGGCAUGCUGCGUCUCUGCAGAAGCUCCUAGUCCUUUCCUUCCUGCCGUUAUUGUGAGCAAGAGGCGGCCCCUCCCACAGUGUUUUCUCCUUCCCACAUCACUUCACUGAAUCCCCUUCCUUUCCGCCCAGUACAGUUAAACCUCCCUAAUUUGGAAUGUUAUAUUUGAGAAGCUGGCCACUCUGAAUAAGUGACAAAACUGAAUGACAGUGUCUAUUUAAUGAAAUGCAUGUCUUCAUACUAUAUACAGUAAGUGGAACUCAAUGAACGAGGCUUUCCCACUCGAGGCCCUCAGGGAGCAUGUGUUAAUGAGUAGAUAGGAUUGAAAAGUCUGUUUUCUGGUAUAGGUUAAAUAUUCCCUCCCACAGACACGUUUCCACUAUUAAUUUCGCUUAGCACACCCUUUCUUUACAGAUAAAGGAAAACUCAAGCCCAGUUUUUGUUCAAAUUAUGAAAAAAAUCCCAAAUCCAUGGGGGUUUGGAUUAAUGAGGUUUUGCUGUACUGCUUCCCCUUGUUCCCUCUACACAAA